UUAUCACAAGGAAGCAGAGCCAUCAACGGGCCAUUCUCACACUGGUUAGCAACAGUAACUGUCAUAAUGCCGUUCAUAAAUGUAGAAACUAAUUUACCUGCAAGCAAGUUUCCAGAAGAGUUGCUGAAAAAACUAUGUUCUACAUUGGCUGCAGCUUUGGGGAAACCGGAGGACAGGAUGAAUCUGGUGGUGAAGACUGACCUGCCGAUGAUGAUCGCGGGGUCCUGCUCCCCGUGUUUGUUGAUGUCCUUAUCUGCCAUAGGAGUGACUGAUACUGCGGAGAAAAACAAGGAGCAUAGCGCCAAAAUCUUCCAAUUUCUGACAGAGGAACUUGGACUUGGCGAUGACCGUAUUUUGAUAUUGUUCUACCCUCUGGAGCCGUCGCAGAUUGGAAAGAAAGGAACCGUGAUGAGCUUCUUAUAAGACUUCACAUUCUUUUGUGAAUUUUUAUGUGAUUCCUGUUUGGGAUUCAACUUGCUGGAUAUGCAUUGCUCCUGGAUGAUGGGAACAUUAGUUCUUAUAGGCUUAAGAAUAUAUCCUGAUUUUCUUGAAUAGUAUCUUUUGAUUCAAAAAUAAUCACUUUACUAAAAUAUAAAAUGCAUUUAGCAUUUUGAUAGCAAAUCAAAUAAUGGAUUGGAUGUGUCUGUUUUUAGACAAUACGUAAAAUAAGUUGUAAGAGUUAAAUGUAUGAAUUGAAUAAUGCGUUACAUUGGAUCAAUGUUUGUCACUUUUUCUGAUAAAGUGCCAUCUUAAUCAGUUAAUCUACAGGUCAAAUCAGACCAUAAUCACCAGCUAACAAAAGCCAUAGAAAAUAUCCGUAACCAAUGUAGUCAGUUAAGGUCUAACAGUCAGUUUGGAUUUGCACAGAUGUUAGUUGCAUAGCACAGAGUAUAGAAAAUGUCUUUUCUCACCAAUUGCCUUUAUCAUCAACUGUGUCAAGUAUAUUGAUUCAGAAAUUUGUUAAAAAUAAAUGGGGGAAAACAAUAAAAUGCUCCAUGAAUAAAAA